AUGCUUCAACCCACGAUUGCCUUGUCUAUGACAGAGGCAGAGUACAUGACAGCAGUUGAGACUGCAAAGGAGGCGAUCCGGUCGACUGGUUUGGAUCAUGAGUUGGGGGUGGAGCAAGAAGAGUCUCAGGGAUGGAGGGAUAACCUCCCUCCUGGUCCCUUGAAUUUGCCUAUGAUCGGAAGCUUACACCGCCUUGGCAGUGCGCCACACUUGUUGCUCGCCGAGCUUGCCCGUCAACAUGGCCCCAUCAUUUACGUCCGCCUCGGUGAGCUCCCAACCUGCGUGUUAUCGUCCGCUGAGAUGGCAAAAGAGGCACUCAAGAUGCAUGAUGCCGCUCUCGCGAGCCGACGGACACUCUGUGCAACACAGCAACUGUUCUAUGGGUCCACUGACAUUGCAUUCGCGCCCUAUGGCCCUUAUUGGAGGCAGGACAUGUUUGCCACCGGUACAGACACAACAUUCAUAACCCUCGACUGGGGCAUGACAGAGCUCAUUAGGAAUCCAAGGGCAAUGAAGAAAGCCCAAGACCACAUUAGGAGCAAAAUUGGACACAAAGAACAAAUCGAGGAGAGCGAUUUGCAAGAACUAGAUUAUUUAAGAGCUGUAGUAAAAGAGAUCUUUCGGUUACACCCAGCUGCCCCGGUGUUGCUUCCUCAUUUAUCCAUGGAAGAUGUGAAGAUAGGUGAGUACAAUAUUCCCGCAAAAAUCCAAUUCUUUGUCAAUGUCUGGGCAAUCGGAAGAAAUCCCAAAUCUUGGGAUAACCCUGAAGAGUUUUGCCCUGAGCGAUUUAUGAAUAGUUUGAUUGAUUUUAAGGGCCAAGACUAUGAGUUGUUACCAUUUGGUGUUGGUCGUCAGAGUUGCCCUGCCAUUACAUUUGGGGCAGCCACAGUGGAGCUUGCCUUUGCUAAUCUCCUCUACCACUUCAACUGGGAGCUACCCCCCGGGGUGAGACCAGAAGAAUUCGACUUGACAGAAGUACUUGGUAUAACAAUGCAUAGGAAAGAACACUUAGUUGUCGUUGCCAAACCAUAUAACUGAUCGAUGAGCAUAACUUCUGUUUUUCAGUUGUGAUGUGCCUAUUGAAGUUUUAUUGAUGGUCAGGGGGUAACAAGUGCAAAUUGUGCGGACCAUACUGCCAUCCAUUUGCUGGGGAAGGAUAAUUAGGAACAGAGUCACAUUCGUUGGAGCAUGUUAUUAGAGGUUAGGUAAAGGAACAUAGUUCCUUUCAGAUUUCCCGUUGGAUUUCUGUAAACUUUUCAUGCUUGGGUAUCUUGGAAUUCAUGUGUGAUAUAAUAUUCAAAUAGCUAUAUGUGCUGUUAUUUAAGUGUA